AUGAAUAAAAAAAGAAUUCAGCCUAAUCGUAGAUUUUUAGUUGCAAAAUUUGACGGUGAUACUCUGGUUAAGAACGAAAGUCACCGACAUAGCCCAAAUAAUUGCGAACCUCAAGUGACAGUGGGCUGUAAGGUCCUGGAGUGGCGACCGCGUACCGGGAGAGGCAGUGUUGGGAGGCCCCCCACAAGGUGGACCGACGAUCUGGUGAAGGUCGCGGGAAGCCGCUGGAUGCGGGAGGCGCAGGACCGUUCGCUUUGGAGAUUUUUGGGGGAGGCCUAUGCCCAGCAAUGGGCAUGUUUUCAAGGAGAUUAUCUGAAAGUAUAUUCCGAAGGGGGUACACAUGGCCCUGGUCCUCCUGGUGUGAAUGAAUACUCAGCAUGGUCAAGAUCCAUAUGCGGGAACAGGGCAGACGCUCCACCUGCUCUCUACUCCCAUGGUCCAUUGCUGGUCCUCGAGUUCCACUCUGGGUCGAAGAUAUCUAACGCCACAGGCUUCGUUGGAACUUACAAAUUCAUAGAUAGACGUAACUUCGAAACAGAUGGUAUUCCAGUGCCAGAUACGUGGUGUGACUACGUGUUUAACUCGCAGCCAAAUAGACCAGCUCACGGCCGUCUAUAUAGCCCCAGAUACCCAUCAAGUUACCCAAGCAACAUACGCUGUACUUAUCAUUUCAAUGCGAGACAAAACGAGAGGAUAAGACUACUUUUCGAAGAAUCAUUCCUUCAGAAAGGCGAUGAGAGCUGUCUCGACAGAGCCGACAUAAUUAAAGUUUUCGAUGGUAGAUUGCCAACAGCUCCCGUGUUGGCUCUAAUUUGUAAUGAAGUUAUAGGUUAUGAAAUUUUAUCAAGUGGUCCAGAUCUCUUAGUACAAUUCACGGCGAAUUCUAACAGUCCAGGGCAAGGAUUCAAAGCGAGCUACCAGUUUCAAAUGGAUGACAUAAUUAGUACAGAUUCUGAUAUCAGAAAAUCGAGUACUACUGAACCAAUAACUGGCUUGGGACCAGCCGUUAGUGCUGCGACGUCGUCCUGCGAUCAAGUAUUCAGAAGUGAUAAGAGUAAAAGUGGGAAGCUCAGCUCGCCUUUGUACCCGAAGCCGUAUUUGCAGAAAACGCAGUGUCAUUACGACUUUUUAGCGAGAGGGAGAGAAAGGGUCAGGCUCGUCUUUGAAGAUUUCAGCAUGCAGAGGACGACAAAUAAUGUAAUUGACUGUGAGAGUAUGGACUCGCUCGAUGUAUUUUUGUAUGUAGACGGUCGGUUAGAGAAGAUGAUUUCAUUUUGCGGCGAUGAGACGCCUAAGCCAAUAAUGUCUAACGGACCUAAGUUGUCUUUAGAAUUUCGGGGAAUGUUCUCUUCGAGACGAAGUAUAGGAUUUAAGUUGUCCUACUAUUUUGUGGAAGAUUACGCCAUCACUACGGGGAAUCAACUAUUGGAAUUUCCAUGUGCCUUUGUAUUUAAUAGCAGUGAGAGGACCAGGGGAGUGGUGACAUCGCCAAACUAUCCCGGACAGUAUCCCCGUGAUACUGAGUGUAAUUACUUCUUCUAUGGAUUCGAAAAUGAGAAGAUACACCUAUAUUUUACGCACUUUGACGUGGAAGGAGUGUUACCAUGUGAAGCAAUCUCAGCCAGUGACUACGUUCAGUUCAGUAGUCAGAUGAUAAACAGCGAUAGUAGAAGACACUGCGGGCAACUGAAGGAACUCCACGUGACCUCAGAUAAGAACUUCAUGAGGGUCACAUUCAAAUCGAAUGACCGCCUCGACGGAACGGGCUUCAAAGCAGACUACAUAUUUCUGAGGGACUCCCAAAUGAACAGCAUGAUAAUGCCGGACACCGUUGACAGCAGUAGUAUUAACAAUUGCAGAUACAGCCGCGACCAAUGGUUCGACAUGCUUUCCGAAGCAUGUAUGACGUUCUCGGUACUCUUCGGAGGCUCUGUCGAUUCGCCUUCUCGGAUUCGUUCUGAUAUUGGCUUAUUGAGUUGGAAAGUUUAUACAUACAUGGAUGAGUUAGAGGUACAUAACAAUGGUUUAACUUAUUACAAAGGUGGUGGUCAAUCAGGACUCUGCCUCACCAUAAGCCAUAUCAGAGUAGCUUACCCUGAUACGGCGCUGGUUAUUCUGGCAGAGCCUGUACAAAAGAAAGUGGCUCUAUUGCACGCGAGUCUCCUCUCUUGUGAUGAUAACUUUUGGCCAGAACCGGGGCUGGAGCACUCCCUGCACGAUCCCAGGCCUUUCCCCAGAAGAUAUGGUUCAAGGAGGGGGCUUAGUGUGAUAAGAUGCCUCGGCGGUUUCAGGAAAGCCGCUCUGACUUACGACCAUUUGGUGCGUAUGGAUUAA